AUUUUUUCGACCAUAUAAAGCGUGCAGAAGUUAAUUGAUGGAUUAUAUCAUCAUAUCAUACUGUACCUGCUUCUCUGAAAGACAGAAGUCGUAACUCGAUUGGAAAUUCGAACAAGCGUUAAGCGAGCGAAUAUCCACGAGAGCGCAUAAUAAGAAAAGAAUCUAUGGCCCGCAAAAGCCCUUCAAGGAGCCCGGAGAAAUUAUAUUUGCAUCCUAAAGUGCAUCCUCGGGACUUCCCCGUGGCUCGUUACCCUCGGGACUUCCCCGCGUCCCGUAAACCUCGGGACUUCCCCGCGUCCCGUAAACCUCGGGACUUCCCCGCGUCUCGCUAUGCAUGGGUAACGCUCGUCAUGUGUGGUGAUGGGUACGCUGCGGGCGCUCUAGCUGUCGCACACUCACUGAGAAUGGUAGAAACCCGCCAUGACCUUGUCUGCAUGGUAACACCUGACGUCACACAUUCUACCUAUCGACACCUGUGCGUCGUGUACGAUCACGUGAUCGAGGUGCAGUACAUCCAACAUCCGUGUCCUAGACUCAAGUCUGAGAAGCAGCAACGGAUGUACAACGACUGGAUCGAGUCCUCGUUCACCAAGUGGAACUGUCUCAAGCUGGAUUAUGAGCGUGUGUUGUUUAUAGACGCGGAUAUGAUUGUCAAAGAGAACAGUGAUGAUCUGUUUGAGCUACAGCCCCCAGCGUCAAUAUUUGCCAUCCCUAAUGCCAGACCCUGGGGUAAUUUACCCAACGUCUAUCUCACCAGAUCUGGCAACCCGCCAAAGCAUGGUGAACUUAUCUCACCAGACCUAGUGAAGCGCGCAGUCAGGUCUUACAGCUUUGUCGCAUGUGGAGCCAUGGUACUUCUUCAGCCAGACCUAAAGGAUUUCAACGAUCUUUGCAAGUUUAUCAAAAAAGAUGCUGUAUUUGGCGACGGUCUUAAAACGACCUCCGGUGCAGAUGAAAUUUCAAUUAGUUUAUUCUACGCGAACGCUGGAGUUUCGUGGACAAACAUUCAUCGCCGCUACUCAGUAAUUGCCUGGAAGCGAGACUGGGCAAUGCCGUCUAAGCCCUAUAUCCUGCACAUCUUUGGUCGACCCAAACCAUGGGAGAAGGGCUGUGCCUGGCCCGACCCAGAUUGGUGGGGUGUUGUCGAUGACCUCCUGAGGUUACACCCCGAUCUCAGUAAGCUGUACCCCUCUCGUCCUGCGGUUACAACCAAUAAUAAUAUGUUAGGUUACUAAUAUCAUGACUGAAUCAGAGAAACCCUAAGGGGCGGCAUUUGGGUGUGGUCAACAGCAUUUCUUACCCCUAAUAGAUAGCACAUGAGGUGUAGUCAAAGCCAUCUUUAAGCAUA